ACAGAACAACUAAGAGCCUGAGUCCUCCUGACACAACGCAGGUGCAAACCAGAGGUUACAGAGAGUCACCUCAGAGGGAAGAAAUAACCCAGAGCUUCAUCAGGAUUGCAAGUCUAGACAGAAAGACCAACAUUGGACAAAAAUAUCCCCAAUAAGGAGAAGCAAAACUAGAACUGAAGAUGAACCUGUUAGUCAUCGUCGUCACACUUGCAGCGUUAAGUGUUGUCAUGGCUUCUUCACGAAGAAGGUCCCAGAGGAGAUGGUCACCUGAGCCCAGGAGCAUUGAACAUGAGUUGUGUACGUCUGGAGAUGGGAGCAACUACAGAGGAUUUGUGUCAGCUACAGCAUACGGCAAAAGAUGUCUCAACUGGAGGAGGUUGAGAUACUCUUGGGGAGCUUCAAAAGGAGUUGGUGACCAUAAUUACUGCAGGAAUCCUGAUCAAUCUUUGAUGCCGUGGUGCGCUGUCCGAAGAGGACGCAGAAUUGUGAGGGAAUUCUGCGACACUCCCAGAUGUCCCACAGCAACAGUUAAACCUUCAGCAGCUGUGGAUACAGAGCUGACCUGUGGUGAGAGGUCUGAGCGGAAGCUGCAUAAAAUCGUGGGUGGUUCUUUCACACCUAUAGAGUCUCACCCAUGGGUGGCUGCUAUCUAUCAACGGCGCGGUGGUUUCCUGUGCGGUGGCUCUCUCAUCGCACCAUGCUGGAUUGUCAUGGCUGCACACUGUUUCGCUGAUGGUAAUGACACCAACAUCAAGCACCUGUCUGUAUACCUGGGGAAGUCAGCCAUCAAUGAAACUGAUACCGACAGGGAACAGAGCUUCACCGUGGAAAAACUGAUCAUCCACCACAAAUUCAAUGACUCCACCUUUGACAAUGACAUAGCUCUGUUGAAGAUCAAAAGCAAGAGUGGAGGAUGUGCGGUGAGGUCAGCGUCCGCUCGGACUGUGUGCCUCCCUCCGCUUCACACUCAGCUUCCUGCAGGAAUUCAGUGCAGCGUUGCUGGGUUUGGGAUGGAGAAAUUCAUGGCGUGGCAUUACUCCCAGUACCUGAAACAGGCUGAGGUGAAGCUGAUCUCUCGAGCUGAGUGUGAAAGUAAAUCGUACUAUGGAAAUCUCAUCACAAAGAACAUGUUCUGUGCUGGGAGCCCGGACUGGAGCAAUGAUGCCUGCAAGGGUGACUCUGGUGGUCCGCUGGUGUGUGAGGUGUCAGGGCGGAUGUUCCUGUACGGGGUGGUGAGUUGGGGAGAAGGCUGUGCCAAAAGGAACAGACCAGGUGUCUACACACAGGUCACCAACUACAACAAGUGGAUCGCACUGAAAACAGGCCUCUCCAAAUACACAAAGGGAAUCAUGUAUCCCCAGAAAUGAAGCUGUGAUGGAAAAAUACUUGUUGGGCAUUUAAUUUAAUUUCUUCCUUUUAAAGGAAAAUUUGGCAGCAGUUUUUUUGUGUGAACUCUGUCUGUAUGUGAGCUUGUUGCUGGUUUGUAGUUGCUGAUAUGCGUUUCUUGCACAGAGAAAUUUCAGUUUUGCACAGUCAUGAUUUAUGUAACAGCUCAAAGUGAAUGUAGUUUUAUUAUGAUUUGUUGUAAAUAGUGUAUAAAACUUUUUAUAUCUUGCGCAUGAACUUUUCAUACUAAGAAUAUAUUUUAUUUUUAGAACAAGCUAUUAAAAAGUGUGUUUUUCUUGUUUUAUUUAAUAUGCAUUACCUCUUGUAGAAGGCUGGCCCUGCAGUUGAGACUUUUCUUAAAUAAAGAAUAUAUUUGUGUUA